AUGAUCCCCAAAGAAGCUAAACCAAAUCAGACAGAGACGAACACUGAGCCUCAACCACUAUCGUUUUUAUCACUCCCAGAAGAAAUCAUAGAGAACAUUCUUGCCCGUCUCUCCAAGUGGACUUACCCUAAUCUCUCUCUCGUCUCCAAGAGAUUCCUCUCUCUCCUCUCUUCCCCCAAACUCUACACUACGCGUUCUCACAUCAAAACCACCGAACCAUGUCUCUAUUUUUGCUUAGAGGACUUGCCACAAAUCCCAUUUCCCAAAUGGUUUACUCUUUGGAUGAGACCUGCUGAUGAAACCAUAACAAAUGACGAUGAGAUUCUUGAAGACUAUUCAUUGGUUUCGGUACCCUCUUGCCCCAAUCUUCAACACAUACCAUACUAUUCAACGGUCUCUGUUGGUUCAGACAUCUACUUAAUUGGUGCACCCUACAAGGCGCCUCCUUCUUCACUUGUUCGUAUCUUUGAUUGUCGGAGUCACACGUGGCGUGACGGUCCAAGCAUGUUGGUGGCCCGUGAGGGUGCGGCAGCAUUUCAUAUCGAUGGGAAAAUAUACGUGAUGGAAGCUUAUCGGAAAGACGAUAAUUGGAUGGAAGUAUUAGACUUAAAGACUCAUUCUUGGAGUCCGUUGCUGAGCCAUGGAGCUACUGAGUUUCGGGACCAUUGGUUUAUAGCCAAUGUGUUUAGAGGAAAGAUAUACCUAAUUGCUGAAACGGAGAACUUUGCGUAUGACCCAAAAGAAGGGACAUGGGAAGUUGUUGAAACGCACACGUCUUACGUACAUAUAGAUGCUUGGUGUGCGAUAGAUGAUGUAAUGUUUUGUUUUACAAGUUCUGGUUAUUGCUUGUGGUAUGACUCUCAGAGUAGAGAGUGGAAAGAGGUCAAGGGUACGGAUAUGGAAGUAUUGCGUGGUAGAAAUACAGAGAUUAGCUUAGCAUGGGGGUGCGUUCAUGAAAUGGUUGAUCAUGGUGGGAAACUGUUAGUUAUAUGGAUCCCCAAGUCCGAGGAAUACAAGGCAAAGCCGGAAAGAAGAAUUUGGUGUGCGAAAAUCGCAUUUGAGAAGUGCCAUGAAGGUGUGGUUUGGGGUAAGUUAGAGUGGGUUAAUGAAGUUCUUACGGUCACCAAGUCGUUUAACAUCUUGAGUUGUGCAGUCGUUACGAUUUGA